AAAAAAACGGGAAAUCAAUAAAAUAAAAAAACAACGAAACGACUCCGGCGGCGAGUGUUUGUGUCUCUGUGUUUUGUAUCUUUCCUUCACUUUCUCAGUAAACCAGACGACAAAUUUUCCCGAGAAAAAUUAUUAUUUCUCUUCUUCAAUUAUUCUCUUUUUUUUUGUUUUUGUGUGGAUUAGUUGUUCCGAUCUUACCUUGGAGAGUUUGAAUCAAUCAUCUCCAUUACGAGUUGUUGUUUUUAAGCCAGCCUCUUACUAUUUUCUUUUGAGCUGUUGAAGAUUUAUUGUUCUUAGUAAAAUUAGGGUUCUCUCUCUGUUGUGUAUAAUUUGGAGAUCGGAUUUGUGUGAUGAAUAAUAAUAACAAUAAUAGUAGAGGAAGAUUUCCUCCGGGGAUUGGAGCGGCGGGUCCUAAUUUUCAGUCACGGACUCCGAAUCCUAACCCGCCUCAGCAACCUCAAGAGUACCUUCAGUCACGUUCUCCGUUUCCCCAGCAACCUCAAACUCAACCUCCACAGUUUCUCCAGUCUCAACCUGAUGCUCACCAGUUCGUUCAACGGUCUUACCCACAGACCAAUCCUCAGCAGAUUCAACAGCCACAACAACAAUGGUCUGGAGGACGCGCUCAGCUAUUUAGUGAUCCGAGUUACGUUGAUGAAGUCGAGAAGACGGUUCAAUCUGAAGCUAACAACGAUUCUAAUACUCAAGACUGGAAGGCAACCUUAAAGCUGCCUCCACGAGAUGAGCGUUACCAGACAGAGGAUGUGACUGCCACUAAAGGAAAUGAAUUUGAAGAUUACUUUUUGAAGAGAGAUUUGCUUAGAGGAAUUUACGAAAAAGGUUUUGAAAAGCCUUCACCUAUUCAGGAAGAAAGCAUCCCUAUUGCAUUGACUGGCAGUGAUAUUCUUGCUAGAGCCAAAAAUGGGACUGGCAAGACUGGUGCCUUCUGCAUUCCCACCCUUGAGAAAAUUGAUCCAGAGAACAAUGUCAUUCAAGCUGUGAUUCUCGUUCCAACCCGAGAGCUGGCCCUUCAGACAUCACAGGUUUGUAAGGAGCUUUCCAAAUAUCUAAACAUUGAGGUUAUGGUCACCACUGGUGGUACCAGUCUGAGAGAUGAUAUCAUGCGUUUAUAUCAACCUGUACACUUGCUGGUUGGAACUCCUGGAAGAAUAUUAGAUCUUUCCAAAAAGGGUGUGUGUGUUUUGAAAGAUUGUACCAUGCUUGUAAUGGAUGAGGCCGACAAGCUUUUGUCUGUAGAAUUUCAACCUUCCAUAGAGGAGUUGAUACAGUUCUUGCCAGAAAACCGUCAGAUUCUGAUGUUUUCGGCUACAUUUCCUGUCACUGUGAAGUCCUUCAAGGAUCGAUAUCUCAGGAAGCCUUACAUUAUCAAUCUCAUGGAUCAGCUCACACUUGUGGGUGUUACCCAAUAUUAUGCUUUUGUCGAAGAGAGACAGAAGGUGCACUGUCUGAAUACACUAUUCUCUAAGCUCCAAAUAAACCAAUCCAUUAUCUUUUGCAACUCUGUCAAUCGUGUGGAGCUGUUGGCCAAGAAAAUCACAGAACUCGGUUACUCAUGCUUCUAUAUCCAUGCUAAGAUGGUUCAAGAUCAUCGGAACAGGGUUUUCCAUGAUUUCCGCAAUGGUGCUUGCAGAAACCUUGUUUGCACUGAUUUGUUUACACGUGGGAUUGACAUUCAAGCUGUGAAUGUUGUCAUAAAUUUUGAUUUUCCUAGGACUUCUGAGUCCUAUCUACACAGGGUAGGCAGAUCGGGAAGAUAUGGACACCUUGGGUUGGCUGUGAAUCUGGUAACUUAUGAGGACCGCUUCAAAAUGUAUCAAACUGAGCAAGAACUUGGAACUGAAAUCAAGCCAAUACCUUCACUUAUCGACAAGGCAAUCUACUGUCAGUAACUUCUACCUGGUGCACAUACUCCACCCGGCAAGGCAUUGAUGGAUUAACCGUGUUCAGGUGUAUUGAGGAGGCAAAUCAUUCACCUUUGGCAGCCACGAUCUCGUUCCAGAUAUGGAGGCAACACAGAGCAAUGUACCGAGGCAAGAAGAGACAGUAUAGGUGGUUGAUGGCGAUGGAAGCGUUUGGUUUUAGCUAAACCUUCAAAGCAGUACUGGCUUGGUUUGGUUUGGUUCGAGGACUUCUUCUGCUGCAUGAUAUGAACCUUUAAGCUGCCCUUCUCUCAUUUUCAUAUUCUAAGAACCCUUUGACUUUGGGUUUGGGUGUUUUCUGACUUAUCUUGGUUUCUUUUGUUUUAAGACUUGAAGACGUAGGAAGGAAUUUCAUAGUAAGAUCAAAUCGAAGAAGACAUUUUUUUACUUCAUUCUCUUGCUUAUUACUCCUAGAUCCACCUGUGUCUUCAGCGUUGUCUGAUCUAUUAAGGGUUUUACUUGA